AUGGCUUUAGACUCAGGGUCACCAACGGGUGUUGGACCUUACUAUGAAAACCACGGAUACCAGCCAGAGAACUUCUACCCCCUGCAGCCCCCUGCUGCUCCCGGUGCCUACCCAGCAUACCCGGCCCAGUACUAUCCAUCCCCCGUGCCCCAGUACGUCCCGACGGUUCUGACGCAUGCUUCGACACCCGCCAUCCACCAGCAGCCCAACCCGCCAUCAGGGACUGUGCGCACCUCAAGAACCAAGAGAGCACUCUGUGUCACCUUUGCACUGGGGGCCAUCCUUGCUGCCGUGGUGCUGGCCGCCAUCCUGCUCUGGAGGUUCUUGGACAAGUGCUCUGGCUCAGGAGUAGAGUGUGGCUCUUCUGGAACCUGCAUCAGCGCCUCGAACUGGUGUGAUGGCAUCUCACACUGCCCCAGCGGGGAGGAUGAGAACCGCUGCGUGCGCCUCUACGGACCCAACUUCAUCCUGCAGGUGUACUCGGCCCCGAGGAACUCCUGGCACCCCGUGUGCUGGGACAACUGGCGCGAGAGCUAUGCACGGGCAGCCUGCGGAGACAUGGGCUACAAGCAAAGUUUUUACUCCAGCCAAGGUGUGGUGGAUGACAGCGGUGCCACCAGCUUUCUGAAGCUGAACACCAGUGUUGGAAGUACCGACCUGUAUAAGAGACUGUUCCACAGCACUACCUGUUCUUCAAAGACAGUGGUGUCUUUACGCUGUAUAGAGUGCGGGGUCACCUCCAGUAUGACCCACCAGAGCCGGAUCGUGGGGGGUGAAAGCGCCGCCCUGGGGGCCUGGCCUUGGCAGGUCAGCCUGCAUGUCCAAGGCGUCCAUGUCUGCGGAGGUUCCAUCAUCACCCCCCAGUGGAUCGUGACGGCUGCGCACUGUGUGGAAGAACCUCUUUCCAGCCCAUGGUAUUGGACAGCCUUCGCGGGGAUUUUGAAGCAGUCUUCCAUGGUAUAUGGAAGUGGGCACCAAGUAGAGAAAGUUAUUUCUCAUCCAAAUUAUGAUUCCAAGACCAAGAACAAUGACGUUGCUCUUAUGAAGUUGCAGGCACCGCUGACCUUUAACGACAGAGUAAGUCCUGUGUGUCUGCCCAACCCGGGCUUGAUGCUGGAGCCCACGCAGACCUGCUGGAUUUCUGGGUGGGGUGCCACCCAAGAGAAAGGGAAAACCUCCAACGAGCUGAAUGCAGCCAAAGUGCCCCUCAUCGAGACCUGGAUAUGUAACAACAGAUACAUCUACAAUGACCUCGUCACUCCUACCAUGAUCUGCGCAGGGUACCUGGAGGGAAACAUCGACUCCUGCCAGGGUGACAGUGGAGGUCCUCUGGUCACUUUGAAGAGCAGCGUCUGGUGGUUGAUUGGGGACACGAGCUGGGGAUCCGGAUGUGCCAAGGUGAACAGGCCAGGCGUGUAUGGAAACAUGACAGUAUUCACAGACUGGAUUUACCAACAAAUGAGGGUAAUUUCCCCCACAGCUCCUCCUCCCUGA